UCUAACGUAUAUAGCAUACACAGUAUAAAGUAUAUAAAAAUAAUAUGUAGCAAAAAGCGACAUAAAAUUAUUAUUAUCUUAUAAAUAUUCGGGAUAAAAACAAGUAAUCAAGGAAAAUGACAUCCCUCCUCGAUGAAUCUGACUCUGACGAUGGAGGUUCAAAUUGGCAAGUGGAGCUCCAAUCUCACAGGAUGGAAAUUAUUAACCGGGUCGAAUAUUUUCGAAUAUCUCCAAUGUUACAAGCACACAUGAUAUUCGAUCGAGAUGACGACGAAGAAAUUUCAAAUCAGUUUACACAUCCAACUUCCAAAAUACAAAUGAAUCGAACAAUUGAUAAACUACUAAAGAAAGGCGAUGAAAACUAUUCGAAAUUUCUGAAAAUACUUUCCACAUCAUAUCCUGAUAUAUACAAGUCCAUGACGGGAAAAGAACCACCACCGACACCAGAAAAGCCACCAGAUGUGAUUCCGCCUCAUGUCUCUUCACUUCCUGGUACAAAUGAUGAACUCGUGGCAAUUUUGAUCGAGAGAUUUGAACAGAAAAAAUUUGAAUGUGAAGAAUUGACUCGGCAAAAUAUGAUAAAACAAAGAGAAAUUGAAGAAAAAAAUCGAGAAAUGCAAAACCUGAAAAGUCAUAUCGAUGAGUUCAGAAGAAGGAGUGAACGUUAUGAGAGUAUGGAACGGGAUAUGUCAGCGUUGAAAGAGAAUCUAGAUGACGUAAAAAAUCAGAGCUAUACAGUUUGUAUGAGACUCGUCGACACCGAGGAAGAAAAGUCAAGACUACGAGAUCGCAAUAUGAAACUGAGAAUGGAAGUUGACAGACUAAAAGUUGACCUGAAAAAGAUGGAAAGCACUGUUAAUUCUGAACGCAAUGUUUCAUUUCGUCUACGAAGAACUCUUGAAACAGGACCGAGUGUCGCCGUCAUCAGAAAACUACAACAAGAAAUUGAUGAUUUAAAGUUGAAACUGGCCCAGUCUAACAUGGCCAUGACCAAUUUGGAUAACGAUGUUGACACUCGUCUCCAGAUUCUUCACACAGACAAAGAGGAAGCGAUACAAAUGUACGCUGAAGCCACUGAGAAAUUAAAUAAAUUAAGAGAAGAAUUUAAUGAAACCGAGACCCAACGAGACAGAUAUAUUGAAGAAAACGAACAACUGAAUCUUCAAGUAUCUGCUUUGAGUGAUGAUUGUGAAAUGUACAAAACAAGACGUGAUGCGGUGUGGCAACAAUUACAGGAGGUGGAAAAGGAAAGAGACCAGCUUUUGAAAGAACGAAACGAGGCUCAAAUUACAGCACAGAAUCAUAUGGAUGAGAAAACAAAAUAUCGAACUCAGAUUCGAAAACUCGAAGAAAUGCAGGAUCGAUUAUCACACCAAUUACGAGAGAAAGAAAACCAAAUGAGAGAAUUAAUAAACCGUUUGAAAAAAAUGAAAUUGGCGGCAACACCACCAAAUGACGAUAAUGACGCGGAACCUCCUUCCUCAGCAGGCUCAACUAUAACAUCAACCUCAAUAGGGACUGAUGAUCAGGGGUGGGGAUGUACCAGGGCCCGAGUUCGCAAUAUAAAGUCCUUUGAUGAGUUUUCCGUCAAAUCAGAAUUCGACGGCACUGAAGAUCAGAAAACCCUGAGAGUAUCUGGCAACGAUGGAAUCUUUCCUGAAAUCCCACUCGCUGCAAACUACGGAGAAGGAUGCGGAAAAAUUUUGGUUGGAGAAUGUCCUCCAAACAAGCAACGGAAAGUCAGAAUAGCACGCAAGAAACGUACAGACACAAGACAAGCCCCGUCUGGCGCGAGAAGAAAAACCAGCGAAAGCCCAUCUCGGACGUCGUCAACAGAUUCGGAAUAUCAGAGAAAACCAGACGAAGUCGGUUUAACCCUGGUUGAAAUCGACAUAAAGACAGUUCAGGAAUGUGUUAAAUUCAUCGGCGGAAAUCAAAGUGGAAUUUUUAUCAAUCAGAUCGUUGAAUCACCUGGAUGUACGCAGUCUUGCAGUAUGUUGCAACCGGGAAUGCAACUUAUAAAGAUUCGUCAAUCCCAGAAGAAACCUUCAAACUUAUAUAAAUGGACUCUCGAAUACACUUACAACAUGAUAAGAAGUAUCGAAGGUACCGUGGUUCUGAUGUUGGAAUCCAGAGCCAAAGAAUAUCAGGACAUAAAAGAUAAAAUGAAAAGUUCUAGAAUGACAGGCGAUUCUUUUUAUGUCCGGGCAAACUUCAAGUGGACCAGAGACGACAUGUUAACAUUCAACAAAUUUGAAAUUCUUCACGUGAUCAGCACUCAACCAUUCACUGAAUUGCAUUGGUUGGCUUGCAAGAUUGAUCCGUACAACGGAAACAAUUCUUCUAAGAGUGAUGUUAUACCAAGCUAUAAGUAUUGCCUAAAGAACCCGCAACAAGCUGACUUACUUCAAAAGGGACGAAGAUAUACAGAGCCUAGCUUAUUUGCACCAACGGACCCUAGAGAAGUUUCCCCUCAAUUUGGAGCUUCGAUGAGACUGUCAGCUCCUGAUCGUAUGAGCGGAUUGAAGCAUCUCGUAAUAGGAAGACCGGCUGAGGAGCCUCAACAAAGAUAUGAAACAGUCGGUCAGCCCUACACAAUCAUGAAACCUCUUCAAUUGCCGAAAGAAAGACCAAGACCGUGCCUUAUGUUGCCACAAUCUUUAUCAACAAUCUUAGCCUACAAACUCACAACCAUAGCGGAACCACUGCAGUUUGAUUUCCCAGUCCCUGAAUCAUCAAAUUGUGCGGUCAACGUUGUUCGAUCAAGAUUAUACGAUCGUGACGUCAUCUCGUUCAACUCAUUGUCAGAUGAAAAGCAAGAAGUAGUUACAACCAGUUCUGCACAGAAAACUGCUGAUAUGGACAAGCACUGCAUUCUUAGUAUAAACGAGAAUUGCAUCAGCAUAAAAGAAUAUUUGAGAAAACUUCAAGCUGAAGAAAUUUACCCGAUUGUCAUAUUCCUGCAAACAGAUAAACCGAGAACCGUGAAAAUGUUUAUUGAAGAAGACAAGAGCAAGCCAAAUGUUGUCAUCCAAGAUAUGAUCUUGACUGGUGAACAGCUCAAGAGAUUUGGAAUCAACUUUGCUACUGUGCAAUUGGACAGGUGCAACAAAGUAGAGGACGCUGUGCAGAUGGUGAUUGAAAAAGUUGUUGAUGAAACCAACAGAAUAGUUUGGCAGGAAGACGACAGUGAAAUAUUUUUCUGAAUCAUCUGAUUGUACAUCUGGCAAUUGCGCACAAAACGUGCAGUCAUCCAUUCGUGACGAACUAAUAUAUUUGAUAAUGUAAAUGUUUAUUUAUUACUGACCCCGGACUGAGAUUAUUACGUCUUCAUUUAUUUUUCAAUAUUUUUGUAUUUAUUAUUAUUUGAGAACCGAAAUCUUCAGUUUUUGUCCAUGUUUCCGUUCAUUUAAUUCAAAGUUUCUCUAGAUUUGAGAGUUAUUUAAGAGCAAAAUUGGAAUUCAAAUUUCCCCAAGUUCAAAAACUAAAAAUGAACAUGAAAUGAAUAACUUUCAUCGGUUUUUGGAUAUACACUGUGACAAAACUGAACCAGCAUAGCAAAAUUUCAAAUACUAAUGCUUUGAUAUUUGGCAAAUCUUAAUUUAGGUAAAACUUUUGACUGACUUUUAAAAAUUGGAAAUCUGAAAAAAGGCUCAAUUACAAAAAAUUCGAAACUACGAAACACUGCACCAAAUCCAAUGCUAGUAAAAUGUUCAACUCCGUCUUAGUAAAAGUUGCGGGUCGACCUAUUUUCAUCCCAGAGUUAUGCUUGACUUUUGUUUUCUUUUUAUGUCGUCAGUUUAGCAUAAUAGUUUUUGGCAAUUAGGAAUUUUUGGUGAAUAUUUGAGUUGAAUAUCCUACGGUAGUGAAACAUCACAAAUGCUUUUUUGUGCACAUUCAUUCAUUCGAAUGUGCCAUAUUUUCUUUAUUAAAUAAAGAUGAUGUAC